AUGGUCUGGAGCAGGGCUUUUCUCAUUGUAUUUGAAAUGAGCCAUUAUGCAGGCAAAACUCUUGGAAGGGCAGUGACGCUGCUGGUUCCCACUGGUCCACAAAUGGGGCGGAAGAAAUGUGUGGAUAGAGCUGCUGCUGGGCGAGGAGACAGCAGUGCCGGGGAGCCAUCAUGGCUGGAGCAGGGGGACCGAGACGAUGGGGUGCGGGAGCUGCUCAAGUGUUCGAGUGAGGGCUUCGGCGUAGCGGAGAAGAUUGUGCUGCUCACCUUCAUCUCCGCCGUUAUACUGAUGGCCAUCCUGGGGAACCUGUUGGUGAUGGUGGCCGUCUGCCGGGACAGGCAGCUCAGGAAAAUCAAGACCAAUUAUUUCAUUGUUUCCCUUGCUUUCGCGGACCUACUGGUAUCAGUGCUGGUGAUGCCAUUUGGAGCCAUUGAGUUGGUUCAGGACAACUGGAUCUAUGGAGAGAUGUUCUGCCUGGUCCGAACGUCCCUCGAUGUCCUGCUCACUACAGCGUCUAUCCUGCACCUGUGCUGCAUCUCACUGGACAGGUACUAUGCUAUCUGCUGCCAGCCUCUGGUUUACAGGAACAAGAUGACUCCAUUGCGCAUUGCUGUAAUGCUUGGAGGGUGCUGGGUAAUCCCAACAUUUAUUUCUUUCCUCCCUAUCAUGCAAGGCUGGAAUAGCAUUGGCAUCAUUGAUCUGAUUCAGCAAAGGCAGUUCAAUAAGGCUUCCAAUUCCACCUACUGCAUAUUCAUGGUGAACAAGCCAUACGCCAUUACCUGCUCCGUGGUGGCCUUCUACAUUCCCUUCCUUCUGAUGGUACUGGCCUACUACCGCAUCUACGUCACGGCCAGGGAACACGCCCGCCAGAUCCGGGUGCUGCAGCGUGCGGGGGCCCCCACCGACGGCCGGCAGCACCACCCGGACCAGCACAGUACACACCGCAUGAAGACUGAGACCAAAGCUGCCAAGACCCUGUGCAUCAUCAUGGGGUGCUUCUGCCUGUGCUGGGCCCCCUUCUUUAUCACAAACAUAGUGGACCCUUUCAUAAACUACACGGUGCCGGGAAAGCUGUGGACGGCUUUCCUGUGGCUGGGCUACAUCAAUUCAGGGUUGAACCCUUUCCUCUACGCCUUCCUGAACAAGUCUUUCAGACGUGCCUUCCUCAUCAUCCUGUGCUGUGGUGAUGAGCGAUACCGAAGGCCUUCCAUCUUGGGGCAGACGGUCCCCUGUUCCACCACCACAAUAAAUGGAUCGACUCAUGUACUAAGGUGA